CUCAGUUUGCUGCGGUGACCAAUUUCCUGUCAAGCCAUGUGGAAAAACAUGAUCUGAAAAGAGAAGUGCCUAUUAGUCACAUUUAUUUACUCUAAGAGUCAAAACGUUCAUACUAGAAGUAAGCACUCACGCCAUUGAAGGUAAAAUAUUUCUUAAAUGUUUUAAACCAGACAGCAUUGAUAAAUGUUCAGAGCAGCUAUUUCGACUUUUGCACUAAACCUAUUCGUAAAUCACCAAACCAUUUGUCUUGCUUUAAGGAUGACGGACAGUUUGGCAAUACAGGAAAACUUUUGUUAAAAUUGCUCUUGCCUUUGGAAGUUUGCCAUCAGUGUGUCACUCGCCUCAUCUGGACAUGAAACUUCUUUCAGAGCAUCAAAUGAUGGAUAAACCAGCAAUAAUCUGUAACACCUCCAACGGAAAGCCUACCAUUCCAAAAAAACCCAGUCCUCCACCAAAACCAAAUAACAGUGCGUUACACCAGUUGAGUCACAUUCGUUCCACUAGCAGAAAGGACCAGACUUCGCGGGACUUGGAGCCAAGGAGCGGUAGGCUAGUACCAGUAAGUUACAACAACAACAGCGGAAGACACGUUACAGAUUUGAGCAAUGAUGCAAGAUCUUUGGAGGUUAAAGCCAGACUACCAUACUCAACCAAAACAGAAGAGCAUUCACAGGAUUCAGUCUUAAAAAAAAGUGGCUACAGACCAUGCAAUGAAGACAAGAUUUUGGAAGAAAAUAUGCAUCAGAUGACAGUUGACCAUAAGGAUCUGAGUCGAUCAGCUCCUGAUGGAAGUGAGGUCGAUAAUUCUGUCAGCGCUACUGUAGAAAGUCAUGAAGGUUCAACAGCGCCACCUUCCCUCUCGGGGGAGAAACACUGUCACUGCAUCUGCCACCUUCACAGACCUGGUAUGAGACUGGUCUGGGUACCUCUACAGUUGGAUGAUAAUAACUGCAUGGACACUGUACAUCGAAACACUGAAGGUCAGACAAAAACGUUUCUGAAAAAAGAGGGCAUUUUAAAGCCAACCAGCAAUGAAGUCAGUCGGCCGCAGAACUCUCCAUCUCAACAUCCAGAACCAGAAACUUUGCCACCGUGUUUAAAUUGCCAAAGUUUUUUGCUUCAUCAUAGCCCUCACAAAAUAGUAAGCAAUGAGUCAGUGAAAGGUGAUGUGUCAAUGCAAAACCCCUCCAAACCUCCUAUACCAACAAAGACAAAUCAUUCCUCUGAGUCUAAAAAUAAGCAUCAGUAUGAACUGCUGGACAAUACUGAUCCUCAUAUAUACUUGGAUCUUCUGCCAUCAAACGACUGCAAAAUUACAGCCCCACCUGUUCCCCCUCGACCUCCUCCACGACUUUCUCCACAUGAUGUGCCGAAGCCUAAGAGUAAGCGAAGGUCUGCUCAGCCAGCACUGGCCUGUGUAGUGUCUCUUCGCGGAGGUCCACCAAUCAUACGAUGUAAAAGUGAAAGAAUAUCUCGACCCAUAUCCAUGCCAAACUCGUCAGGUGAAAGCUAUGAGAAUGGUAAUUUUGAAGACUGGGAGGCUAUUGACAAGAAAGAGUUGUUUAAUAAUACAGAAAGCCCAAGGAGGAUUUCCAGUGACUGGGAGCCAAACAGUGACUAUGAACCUCUGUAUCAGAUCUACCAGGCUAAGGUCACAGAAGAAGCCCGUCAGAUCCAUACAGAUAGUCCCGAUAGCUACAGGAGGAGUGUUGGUGAAACUCUGGGUUUGGAGGGCAAUGGAGCGCUGGGUGGCCACAGAACCAAAAGAGGCCCAGAAGAGAUUCCACUAUGGCAGGAUUUAUCUGUGGUCAAGGAAAGUGGGGUGUUACUGAAACUCAAUCGCACUGAAAGACAGAGACAAGAGAGCAUGUUUGAGGUGUUGACCUCUGAGGCCUCUUAUCUGCGUUCCCUGCGGGUUCUGAAGGAUCAUUUCUUGUGUUCACGGGAACUCAAUGAUACCCUGGUCGUUCACGAUAAGAAGGCCCUUUUUUCCAACAUCCUGCAGGUUUACGAGGUCAGCGAGAGGUUUAUAAAGGAUCUUCUGAAGCGAGUUGAUGAGAGUGUUGUGAUAUCAGAUGUGUGUGAUAUCAUUUAUGAGCACUCUGAGAAGUAUUUCUCGGUCUACACGGACUACGUCCGAAACCAGCAUUACCAAGAAAAGACCUAUAGCAGUCUGAUGGAGAGAUACAGAGAUUUUUCAGUUGUGAUGAAGAGGUUGGAGUCAUCUCCACUAUGUAAACGUCUGCCCUUUACUUCCUUCAUGCUCCUACCAUUCCAGCGAAUCACACGCAUCAAAAUACUUAUACAGAGUAUUCUUAAGAGGACUGCAAAUGGAACUACAGAAGAAGAAACUGCUUCGAAAGCUCUGGCUUCAGUGUCUGAGCUCAUCAAACAGGCAAACUCACAGGUGGGCCAGAUGAAACAGAUGGAAGAGCUCAUUUACAUCUCUCGAAUGCUGGAGUUUGACAAACUCAAGGCCAUUCCAAUUGUCUCUAAAACACGUUGUCUUGAGAAACAGGGAGAACUACAAGAGUUGAAUAAAAGAGGGUCUCUGUUCAGUAUGCGUAACAAAUGCACCCCUGUAUACAUAUUCCUCUUCAAUGAUCUUCUCAUUCUCACCACUAAGAAGAGUGGUACUCCAGACAAGUUUGUGGUCAUCGAUUACGCUCACCGAUCUCUGGUUCAGGUGCACACCACAGAAAUCAAACUAGGGUUGGAUCACUCUUUUUGUCUGACUAUACUUGAAAACCAUCGGGGCAUCAACUGUGAACGUCUGCUGAAGGCUAACACAGAGUCAGAUAUGCAUAGGUGGGUGGCUGCUUUCCCUUCUAUCAAUGUAGCACCGGAUGAGGAGAAAAUUUAUGAAGACUGGGAUUGUCCUCAGGUACAGUGCACCAAUCAAUACAAGGCAAAACAAGUGGAUGAACUUAGUUUAGAGCCAUCUGAUGUCAUCAAUGUACUGCGCAAAACCAUUGAAGGUUGGUAUGAAGGAAUGCGACUUUCGGACAGACAGAAAGGCUGGUUUCCAGCAGAAAAUGUUGCAGAAGUAACCACGGAUCACCAGAGGCGACGCAACGUUAGAGAACAAUACCAAAUUGCACAAGCAAUUACUCAAAACAUUGAAAGCUGAUCCUCAAUGACUUGAGCGGACCAAAGAUGGCUGCUGAACUUGAAGCCAGAAGGUUGAAAGUUUAAAGUCCCUGUGAACCGGAAGUUGCGAUCAUUCUUACUUCCGUAUUCCGACACAUUUCCGAGUGGAAAGAAAUUUCCACAAAUUUCCACAAAAACAAAGGCGAAUAUUAGUGGCCGUGGCUUGCGUGUUUCAUUGCGAAUUGAUUGGAUGUGUAAAAACAGCUGUUGCAUUAAUUUUGAAAUGAAACUUGGAGCAGACUGACAGUUGAAGGAGAGUUAACGGAUACUCCGGCCAAGCCAUCUAAUUUACUUCAUUUGAGAUGGAAAGUCAUUUCAGGGUGGAAGUGCAUUUUCAGAUUUUAACUGAGGUUUAUGAGGGUACAUGGAUUUUAAUAAGAAAAUGAGUCCCGUUGAUAAGCUAUUUAACCUAUUAUAAGCACUGCAAUAUUUCAUGAUUUAUUUCACAGGGACUAAGAUUUUUUGGGGGGAAUUUCAAGUUUGUCUUGCACUGUUGCACAAAUUUCCUAUUACAACAAA